UUUGUGGGCAGUACCGCCAACAUACGAAUGAAUAUCUUUGCUUUCAACGUUACAUUAUGUCGGGGAAGCAAGUACAAUAUUGUAUUAAUUUUCCCGGAUUAUUUGUUUUUACGGACGUUCAUCGAUGUCUAAUGUUUGCGUUAAUCGAACUCUGUUGUACGUAAGUUCGGAAAUGGUUGAAUUAUCCGGCAAACAAGACGAAUGGAAUCUUCCUUGCUCAGAUGAUGAAAAUUAUGGUGUUGAAGGAAAGGAUGUGUGGGAGCCAUCAGCUACAGAUAUAGUUGCAUUAUAUGAGUUGCUGGACAAGGAAGGUAUCAUAGAUUUGGAAUGGCAGUGCCCUGGUCGGCGUGUCCCUUCUCCCGCACAGGAUGACUUCUGUCAGAAGGAUGAGGAAUGUUUAGAGUCCAAACCGCAAGAGAAGUCGGAUUUUGAUUUUAUGGAUGAAAUGUCGACACCAAAAUUCACACCAAGAAGAACAGGCGAAGGGGGCCCUAAAGGAAGUGCCAAGAAGAAAACCACUAGUUUGGAUGGAGUACUCUCUAAUAUACGUAGGCACCGAAUACUUGCAGAAAUGGAGAAGCAGGCUUCAGAAAGUGCUGCUAUUGCUGCUGCUAUGUCGGCCACUACCACUACUACCAUUACUACUACUGCUGCUGCUUCUUCUAGUACUGCUGCUACGACCACGACCUCUUUAAAUCCAUAACAAAGCCAAGUACCAGGUCAGAGAUGAAGCCCCUUGACUGAAAUUGACAGUAGUGUUUUUUACAUCUCAUGUUCAGAAUUCUGGUCAGUAUAUACGAGGUGCGAUCGGAAAGUUUCUAGACUGCGCCUAUAAAAACCCGUACACUUAUCUCAGGUAUUAAAUUCAUCCAUCACCC